GUGGCAGAGAGAAUGUCCAUUCUUAAUGACACCCAGUUCCAUCCUUCUUCGUUCCUCCUCCUGGGUAUCCCAGGGCUAGAAGAUGUGCAUGUCUGGAUUGGAUUUCCCUUUUUCUUUGUGUAUCUUGUUGCACUCUUGGGGAACGCUGCUGUCCUGUUUGUGAUCCAGACUGAGCAUAGUCUCCAUGAGCCCAUGUACUACUUCCUAGCCAUGUUGGACUCCAUCGACCUGGGCUUGUCCACAGCCACCAUCCCCAAAAUGCUGGGCAUCUUCUGGUUCAGCCUCAGGGAUAUAUCUUUUGAAAGCUGCGUUUCCCAGAUGUUCUUCAUCCACUUCUUCACUGCCAUGGAGAGCAUUGUGUUGGUGGCCAUGGCCUUUGACCGCUAUGUUGCCAUUUGUAAACCCCUUCGGUACACCAUGAUCCUCACCAGCAAAAUCAUCAGCCUCAUUGCAGGCAUGGCUAUUCUGAGGAGCCUGUGCAUGGUGGCCCCUCUGGUAUUUCUCCUCCUGAGGCUGCCCUUCUGUGGGCACUAUAUCAUCCCUCAUACCUACUGUGAACACAUGGGCAUUGCUCGCCUGGCCUGUGCCAGCAUCAAAGUCAACAUAAUAUUUGGUCUUGGGGAUAUGUCUAUUUUAUUAUUGGAUGUGCUCCUUAUAAUUCUCUCCUAUGUCAGGAUCCUCUAUGCUGUCUUCUGCCUGCCUUCCUGGGAGGCCCGGUUCAAAGCUCUCAACACCUGUGGCUCUCACAUUGGUGUUAUCUUAGCCUUUUUCACACCAGCAUUUUUCUCUUUCUUGACACACCGUUUUGGCCACAACAUCCCCCAAUAUAUCCACAUCCUCUUAGCCAACCUGUAUGUGGUUGUUCCGCCAGCUCUCAAUCCUGUAAUCUAUGGGGUCAGGACCAAGCAGAUUAAGGAGCAGGUUUUGAGGAUCUUUUUAAAAGACAGUUAA